AUGGAUCACCGUGGCGAAAAGGGGGUAGAAAAUGAUGUCAUAGUGGCUGUGUUUGAUGUGCGAUGCGUCGUGUGGCGGAUGCUCUGCGUGAAGCUUGCGCAACAAUCCGACCCCGCCCCCGCUGCGCCCCUCUAUUCCGGCAACAUAUUAGUGCGGGGCACUCGCACCUUUCACCAACACUUACCACAAAGCCGAAGUAAAACAACCAAGCACUUGAGGACUACGUCGAGAAAGAUGAGCUCCAACGAGAAACAGCCGCCGGUCCAACCGGCUGGACAACAGAGCGAGCAACAGUACUUUCCUCCUCCACCACCCGGCCCGCCGCCGGCACAGACCGCGCAAGCGCACCCGCAAGGGACCCAACCCCCGAAGCAUCCAAACGAGACGCCCCUUCCUGACUACAACAUUCCCGCAUACCAACCCGCGAACCCGCAGUUUGCACCCCCGCCGCUAGAUGCCGACGACGACCUCUACAACGCGUCUCCGAUUAAUGAACACCCGCCGAAGUGGGGCCAUCACCGAGCUCAGGGCAGCGAUGGAGAGACAAAGAAGAAGUCGCACCGGUUAUCCGCAUUUGGGGAAGCCUUCACGAGUAAGGUUGCUGGUCCUGUAAAUGCUCUGGCGAAUAAGUUCGGGUCUGAGGGGUUCCUACCCGAGGCAUUGGAUAAGGAAUGCGAGAAGGGUGCCAGGAUUCUGAGGGGUUUCUGCAAGGACGGUGUCUACAGCGAUGCAGUCCCUCCUACCGCGCCCGCCCCUGCCACGACGACCACCUCGACAACCGCCGACAAACCGCCGCCAUCACCUGGCAAAGCCAAAAAGUCCCGCGUCCUGCUUACCAUCCCCUCCAAGGUCAUCGCUCGCGCUCAGGGGCUAGCCAUCUUCACCGCCGUCCGCGUCGGCUUCCAAGCGGCUGGGUCCAGCGGCAGCGGCAUCCUCGUCGCGCGCCUCCCCGACGGCAGCUGGUCGCCGCCCUCUGGCAUCCAAAUCACCUCGAUCGGUGCGGGCUUCGUCGCCGGCGUUGACAUCUACGACUGCGUCAUCGUGAUCAACACGCGCGAGGCCCUCGACAUGUUCACCAAGAUGCGCCUGAGCCUGGGGUCUGACCUGGCCGUCACCGCAGGCCCCUUCGGCGCGGGCGGCGCACUGGACUGGGGCGUGCCCGCAGGCAGCGACAAGAAACAACCGGCCAAAGACGCCGACGCAAAGCCCAACCCCAACCCCAACACCGCGCCCCCGCUAUCCUCAGACAACACGCACUUCCAGACGGGCCCCGUCCCUGAGAACAAACAGGGUAUGACCGAGGAAGAAGAGGAUGACGGCAAGGGCAAGCGCAAGGCCAGCCCCUUCCGCGAGGCGCUGCGCAAGCCGGUCUACAGCUACGUCAAGUCGCGCGGUUUCUACGCCGGAAUACAGAUCGACGGCACCGUUAUCGCUGCGCGGGAAAGCGCCAACGCCAAGUUCUACGGCCGCGCGGUGUCCGUAGACAAGAUCCUCAAGGGUGAAGUCCCUGCCGCGCAGACCGCCCAGGCCGCUGGGCUGUGGCCGGGUGGCGCGAAGGGGUUGUUUGAGGUGUUGCGCGGGGCAGAGGCGGGGAAACCUGUGCAGGGCCAGCCAGCCGGAGCUCAGGGGCAGCCGGGUCUGUGGCAGAGCCACCCUCAAGGUGGCAGGCCGGGGAGUGCCGGGUAUGGCGGCCCCAGUCCCGCAUUUGGCGCUCCGGCCGGGACUGGCGGUGCACCGCCUGGGACGUGGGUUCCGCCUCCCAGUGCGGGUGCGGGUGCGCAGGGCGGUGUGGCGGAUGUCACGGCGGGGGUGCGCGAUCUGGGUGUCGGGGCUUCGUCUGCGUCUGGGCCGCCUCCCGGCACGGCGCCAGCUACUUCCGGUGCGGCGGCCAAGGCGGCUGAAGCUGCUGCUGAGGCGGCGCGCGCUCCGCAGGACUCGGCCGAGCUGCCUCCGCCGUCGUACUCAGAGCCCCACGGCGCGGCUGACGAUCUGCCGCCUGCGGUGCCAGGAGCAGCCGCUUUCGCCUCUCGGCAUGCCCACUGGUCCGAACUCCGAAUCGUCGUCCUCGCCCACUCCUACGGCGGCCUCGUCGGCAACAGCGCCAUCAAAGGCCUCACCCUCCCCCAACCCAACACCCCCCUCAGCACCACCACCCCCUCCACCAAAUCAAACCUCACCCCCGACCAAGGCCACGUAACCGGCCUCAUCCUCCUCCCCUCCGGCUUCUCCCUCACCGGCCUCACCUUCAUGGCCGCCUUCCUGAACGUCCCCCCUGGCGUUGAUGACCGUAAUUGCCGUGCCGGGUUCCCCCGACCGAGUUGCUCUGAAUGGAACAGAAUUUUGUGGGGGUUAUGUUAUGCCACUGAAAAGUCACGUCAUCGAAGCACAUCCCGCUUUCCUGAUCAACCGCUCGACUAA